AGCGCGGAACGCUGGCUCCGGACGUUCCGCAUCCGCUCCAGCCUCCCGGGCUCCCAGGCGCCUGGAAGCCCGCGGCGCUCGGAAUGUUCUAGGAAGAUCGGGACGCGUCCGCGGGGGCUCCAGAGGCUGGUGGCGGACGUUGAGGCAGCGGCGUCCCCUGGUGGCCCCUGCGGGGAUCGCAGGCGGGAGCCGGACCCGGAGAGUCCAGUCCCUAGCCCCACAACACCGCCCACACCUAUUUUCCGAAUGAGGGAACUGAGGCCGGGAGAGGAACUGGUUGGGGCCUUGCAAUCUGAAUUACAAAGCACGACCGUUCAAGCUCCAAGCUUGGACACCUCCCUUGAUGGAGAACUCAUUAUCUAUCAGAAAACUAGGACAUUAGUUUCAUUGCUUUUGGAAAAAGAGAAGAAAAGAGAAAGCAAAACAUUGAUGGGAGAGAGAAACACAGAUUGGCUGCCUCCUGUACGUGCCCAGACCAGGGACUGAACCAGCAACCUAGGAGAAAACGUCUGGGUCUUCACAACUGCUUCUGGGUUUGUCUGUCACGAUGUCGCGAUUCUGUACAGGCCGCACAUACACUCAGGAACAAGUGAAAGUGCAAAAGGCGGAUGAGCAAACCGGCGCACGCAGCAGCUGAGUGGCUCGUACAAGGUCACGCUGCUAGCCCCGGGAGAACCUUGGAAUGGACGAAGAGGGAGCCCGGCAGUCCGCUGGGCCACCCGCAAGGAAGAAAUUCUUCAUACCGCUGGACGAGGAUGAGGUCCCUCCUGCUGGGCUCAAGCCCUUAUUCAAAUCCACGCAGAGCUGUCCCACCACGGCGACCUCGGCCCAGGCAGCCCCGCAGACCUACGCUGAGUUCGCCAUCUCAGGACCUGCAGGGGGAGCUAGAGCCACACACCCCGAGGGGCCAGAGCCCCAGGCAGGGGAGGCCCCCGGCCAGGCUCCCAAACCAGGGGCAAAAUCCAACAGCAUCAUUGUGAGCCCCCGGCAGAGGGGCAACCCUGUGCUGAAGUUUGUGCGCAACGUGCCCUGGGAAUUCGGCGACGUGGUUCCCGACUACGUGCUGGGUCAGAGCACCUGUGCCCUCUUCCUCAGCCUCCGCUACCACAACCUCCACCCAGACUACAUCCACCAGCGGCUGCAGAGCCUGGGGAAGAACUUUGCCCUGCGGGUCCUGCUGGUCCACGUGGACGUGAAAGACCCGCAGCAGGCGCUGAAGGAGCUGGCUAAGAUGUGCAUCCUGGCGGACUGCACGCUGGUCCUGGCCUGGAGCCCCGAGGAGGCCGGGCGCUACCUGGAGACCUACAAGGCCUACGAGCAGAAGCCGGCCGACCUCCUGAUGGAGAAGCUGGACCAGGACUUCGUCUCCCGGGUGACUGACUGUCUGACCACCGUGAAGUCAGUCAACAAAACCGACAGUCAGACCCUCCUGACUACUUUCGGGUCUCUGGAACAGCUCAUAGCUGCAUCUCGGGAAGAUCUGGCCUUGUGUCCAGGCCUGGGGCCUCAGAAGGCCCGCAGGCUGUUUGACGUCCUACACGAGCCUUUCCUGAAAGUGCCCCGGUGACCUCCACUGCAAGGGAGGCCGUGUGUGUCAGUCACAAUAAAGUGUUUCCCUGGUCCA